AUGCCUUUCCAAGACUAUGAUGUUAUCAUCGGUAUGGAUUGGCUUCAUAGAUACCAUGUGGUUGUUGAUUCUAGGUCGAAGCAUGUGACCUUUAGAGCUCCUUCAUUUUCACACAUCAUUGUUCAAGGUGACAGAUCAUUGACAUCUAAUAUUAUCUCUGCGGUUGUGGCAAGAAAGAUGGUUAGUCAGGGUUGUGAAGCUUAUCUUGCUCAUAUAUUUGAUACACACCUGGAAAGUCCAAGCCUUAAGGAUAUACCAUUGGUAUGUGAAUUUCCCGAUGUUUUCCCUGAAAAUCUUCUUGGAUUGCCCCCGGAAAGGGAAGUUGAAUUGCCUAUAAAGGUUAUUCCUGGAACUACUCCUAUUUCUAUAACUCCUUAUCGAAGGGCUCCAGCAGAAUCGAAGGAGCUGAAAAAUCAAUUGCAUGAACAUCUUGAGAAAGAGAAAAGGCUUUAUGCUAAGCUUUCCAAAUGUGAAUUUUGGCCUGGUGAAGUGGCUUUUCUGGGACAUGUUGUGUCAACUGAAGGUGUGAAGGUGGAUCCUAGUAAGAUUCAAGCUAUUGUUGAAUGGAAACCACCUAAAAGUCCAACUGAAGUAAGAAGUUUCUUGGGCUUAGCCGGAUAUUAUAGAGGGUUUGUCAAAGGCUUCUCCAUUAUAGCCUCUCCUGUGACUAAACUCUUGAGGAAGGAUGUCAAGUUUGUAUGGGAUGACAAAUGCCAAGAGAGCUUUGAAAAGCUCAAAUCCUUAUUGACACAAGCUCCUAUACUUACUCUUCCAACUGAAGGGAAAGAGUAUGUGAUAUAUAGUGAUGCUUCUCAUCAUGGUUUGGGUUGUGUUCUGAUGCAGGAAGGGAAAGUGGUUGUGUAUGCCUCUCGAAAAUUGAAACCAUAUGAAUUGAACUAUCCUACUCAUGACCUUGAGCUCACUGCCGUAGUUUUGCAAGUCAAGCCAGUUCUACUUGAACAGGUGAAAGAAGCACAGAAGUUAGAUGAGAAGUUUGUGAAAUUGAUCAAAGAAGUUCAAACUGGAGGAAAGCUUGAUUUUAAAUUAAGGGAGGAUGGUACAGACGGCCAGUCCGAGAGGGUGAUUCAAAUCCUGGAAGAUAUGCUUCAAGCUUACAUUAUGGAAGUUGAGGGUAGUUGGGACAGACACCUAGCCUUGAUAGAAUUCUCUUACGAUAACAGCUACCAAUCAAGUAUUGGCAUGCCUCCCUACGAAGCAUUAUAUGGGAGAAAGUGGAGAAAUCCUCUUUGUUGGAGUGAAGUUGGUGAAAGAAAAUUUGUUGGUCCUGAGAUUGUGCAACAACCUGAAGAUAAGGUUUCUCCAUGGAAGAAGAUUAUGAGGUUUGGCCAAAAAGGAAAACUUAGUCCUCGAUUUAUUGGACUAUAUGAAGUAUUUGAGAGAGUUGGUCCAGUUGCAUAUAAACUAGCUCUUCCACCAGAGUUAGAUAAGAUCCACAAUGCCUUCCAUGUUUCUAUACUUAGAAGAUAUCGCUCAGAUCCAUCUCUUGUUCUUCCUGUUAAAUCCAUUGAGGUCAGCCCUGACUUGACAUAUGAAGAGGAACCUAUCCAAAACUUCACGCAUGAGACAAAAAACCUUAGAAACAAGAAAAUCCCAUUAGUAAAAGUCCUUUGGAGAAAUCAUUUUGGCAAAGAGGCCACCUGGCAGCGAGAAGAGGAUAUGCGAAUUCAAUAUCCCCAUUUGUUUUGA